CGUGAUUAAGGGAGGAUCGGAGCGCUUUGAAGUAUUUGAAAUUAGGUUCGGUAAACCGUUGGGGUACCAAACCGAACCCUCGUUUCCAUUCUUCUUUUCUCUUUCCCACAUCUUCUUUGUGUCUGAAAAAUGGCGAAGAAAUCUUACAUUGGAAUCGGUACUUUGAUGCGUAAGAAGCUUUCUGAUAUCACUAACAACUCUGACUCUCAACACAACCUACUUCCUCUUCCACUUCCCGCCAUCGACGCCGAUAUCCCUUCCAUUCAACAACUCCUCACUGAAAGAACGCAGUUAAUACAACUCAUUGCAGAGAAAGAAGAAUUGAUAGAAUCUAACGGAGCUGAGUUGAGAAGAAUACAAGCCGAUAUCAAGAAACUCCAACUCCAAAAUCGGAACCUUGCUCAGUCUAACAGCUUAAUGUUAGCGGAGCUUAAUUUGGGAAGGGAUAAGAGAAAAAUGUUGCAACAUGAGAUUUCAUGCUAAUAAAAGCAAAUGCCCUAAAAGCUGGUAGUAACGAUGAAGGAAGACGCAAAAGAAGUAGAUCUAUUGGUUCUGACAAGGUUAAAGACAAUAAUAGAAGACGAUCGAGAAGACAUUCGGCUUUCGUCGAAACACAUGAACAUGAAGCUUCAGAGAAUUUGUUUGAGAUAGAGGAUACAAUAA